ACCUGCGUUUGCUGGGACACGGUGUUUACUGAGAAAUCCGUCCCGAGUCGCAUCUGCGGCACAUGUAGCACCAGCGUACCGUGGAGGACUACGCGCAGGUUUCGGUGUAGCGUUUGACAGCUGCGGCAAAAAGAGCGUCAGGACGCGGCUGGAUCCUGCGUUUACUCGCAGCGCUCGCUUGCACAUACCGUUGUUUCCUCGUCUUGUUCCUACUCUCUCCCUGCGCUGAGCACCCGUUCCCGUGGUUCGAUUCUUCAAUAGCUGAUUUACAACCCUUGCUAAUCAGCGGAGCAAUGAUGCAAGGUACUUUAAUUUCGCCAAGGACCAAGCAGGGGGACGAGGAACCACGGUGAAACACCGCGGACGUUGAUGUGACGGACUGUGCACAUGCAUUUUUAGCCUGGAUAACUGGUCACGUUUGCCACCAGCUCUUGUGGAGGUGUGAUUUUUUUUUUUCUUCCUUGGAAGUAAAUGCUAUAGAUAUGGAUAUAGCAGACUAGCUGGUCCAACUUGCCACCCACACGCAUCUCACGGAGAAGAACUGAAAAUUGCCAGCUUCCAUGCACACUUGGAAACACUUCUCUCGGAAAGGUUUUUUUUUUUUUUUUUUUUUUUUUGCUACAGACCCAUUUUUACAUCUCGGCAUCGGACAGUUGGCUAAUUGUGAAUACUGUGGUAUUCCGGUUUUUAAAAUUAACGGGCCUAUUUUGUCUGUUCUCUGACAUUCUGUUUGGAUGCCAUUAUUAAACGUAGAAUACAGUUUCCAGCUGAGAGUCGUCGAGUCUAUCUAACAAUGCCUGUUAGUGCAUUGCCUAGGGGCCGAUCGCUCAGCCCAGUGUCUCUGUCCCGUAGUCUGUCGAGGCUGAGAGAGUUUCGGACCCGGACCCGAAUCAUGCUUUCUCUCGGAGUUUCUCAGAUGGUGUUGGGAAGUCUGAUUUUGGCUGUCAGUUUCGCCGCUCUGGCUCUUACUGUCUCUCCUAGGGUCAGACAUUCGUGUCCAUUCUGGGCUGGCUUUUCCGUGCUGCUGUCUGGUCUCAUCGGGGUAGUCUCCUGGAAGAGGCCUCUCUCGCUGGUGAUCACCUUCUUCAUGCUGCUGUCGGCGGUCUGCGUGAUGCUCAACCUGGCGGGGUCCAUUUUGUCCUGUCAGAACGCCCAGCUGGUCAACUCCUUGGACUCCUGUCAGCUGGUGAAGUUUGUCAGCGACGGGGUGUGUGUGUGCUGUGAGCUGCAACUCCAGAGCUCUGGCUGCAGCAACCUGGGAGAGACACUCAAACUCAACCCCCUGAGGGACUGCAACACCAUCCGCCUACGGCUCCGGGAGCUGCUGUUCAGCGUCUGUGCCCUGAAUGUCAUCUCCACCAUCGUGUGUGCCCUGGCCACUGCCAUGUGCUGCAUGCAGAUGGUGUCUGCUGACAUCCUGCAGAUGUUCAUGCCUCACCGGUCACGCUCCCUGAAUGCUGACUGCAUGACCCCCCACGGCACCAUCCUGCACCAGACCCUGGACUUCGACGAGUUCAUCCCGCCCAUCCCCCCGCCCCCCUACUACCCCCCGGAGUACACCUGCACCCCGGGGAUGGAGACGCAGAGGGGGCUGCACCUAGACUUCCCCCACUCGCCCUUCAGUGCCAUCUACGGCGUUCCCAUCAACAGUCCCGGGACCCUCUACCCGUCUGAGUUACCCCCCCCUUACGAGUCUGUGGUGGGACAGACUCCCGCCAGCCAGGUCAACAGCUUGGAGCAGCAGGCUACCGAGUCCAGCCUGUGUGAGAGGAACACUACAGCUGACUUCAGCACACAGGCCUCCGUGGACAGCGCCUCCCUCAUGGUGUCAGAGGUGGCGGACCUCCCUGACCGCAGCUGCUCCUCGGAGGACCUGUGCUCCCUGGGGGUGCAGGGCUCCCUGCACUCCGCCUCCGACCUCUCGCCCUACGGCACGCCCCACACCGCGCCCACCGACGGCAGCUGCACCAGCCUGGAGCACAGCGGCCGCUGCCCGCUGUGUCGCCACGGAGCCCCCGCCCGCUGCCACGGCAACCCCUGCUGCCACGGCGACGAGGACGGCGGCUGCAGCGAGUCCUCCCGCACCCAGGACCCCUCCCCCGAUUGGUCGUCGGAGCGGGAGGAGCCCAGACGCUGCUGGGAGAAAGCCAGUAGGACGCUCGUUCUUCCUCAGCCGCCCCCUCUUCCUCCCGCUCCCGCCUCCUCUGCAGCCUACGCGCCGCUCCCGAGCCCGGCUUUGGGGCCCCCUCCUUCCCCCCCGCCUGCCCAGCUCCGCGGGCACAAACUCUGCUUCAGCGUCUGGUCCCCUUCCUCCUCUUCCUCCUCCGCCUCCCAGCCCCCGCCUGGCUCCUCCUCUUCCUCCAACCGGCCCCGGGCCUCACGCUCCGGCAGGAGGUACCGUAAGUUGGCCCGGAUCGUACGCUCCACCAGCGACCCAGUCUCCUGUGCCUCCCUGUCUGGAAGUGAUACCUGCGGCUGCACCUCUGCUAAUAACCCACCUCCUGAAGACUCCCCACAGACUUCCCCAGAGCCAGCUGCAUGUUCGGAGCACACGGCAGUGGUGGUGUCGUUCCCGCCCUCCGGCAAACCCAGCAUCCUCGGGGGCAGGACGCCGAAGCAGGGCGCUAAAGUGGACGUCCGCCUCAAGCCCCGCCCCCUGCACGCCCUCUCCGGCGGGCGCCCGCACUCCCUGGCCGACCUCAAGACCUACAAAGACACCAAAAUCCUGGUCGCCAAGUUCCUGGAGCACUCCAGCUGUGGUCUUCCCCCGGAGGUGCGGCAGGUCGUCAACAACAUCAAGUUCGUCAUCAAGUCCGACGAGAGGCACAUGGAGGAGGCCAUAUUCAGCGCCAACAUCAUCGACCGGGUGAUGAUGCAGUCGCAGCACGCCGUGGGCACGUCCAGGAAACGGGCCUAUGAGGACCUGCACUUACAGAGCUGCGGGGCCCUGAGCUCCCCCUCCACCUCCCUGCGCAGGCCCCGGGGCCCUGGGCCCGGCCCCCCGGUCCUCCCCGACCCCCCCGGCCCCCCGCCCGCCGACCGCCCUCACAGCCUCGUCAACGUGUGCCGCGAGACCAUCCUCUGACCCCCCUCCCGCCCCACGUCCACCAGGACACCUGUGCUACCGUCUCCGAUAGUGUCCUCUCAGACAAACAUGCCAGGAAUGAGGCCUCUGUCUUCCGCCCUCAGUGGAGGUGGAGGAACAUGCAGCAACAGGGCAUGGGGGGGAACACCUGCUUGUCCACCGCGGUGAAAAAGACACCAGGACGACUGCCCUCAGGGGAAAACUUUGAUUGUUUUUCUCUGUAAAAACGAGCUGGUUAAGAAGAUAAGGGACUGCUCAGACAAAGGCAGCUGGGCCAUGUUUUUUUUUUAAAUAAAGGGCACCUGAAAAAGCUCGACGAAACUGUGAACCUGACAGAUUUUGAGAGCACAGAGGCUCCUGUGAAUUCCCAUUGAUUGGGAAUCUGACCAGCUAGCUGAUCAUGCUUGAACCACAGCGGGACAGGAAAAGUGGGCUUAAAGUGGACUGUAUGCCACUUAAAAAAACAAAAGAAAAAAAAGAUUGUAUAACUUACCUCAGUGUGUUCUUAUCAGUGUUACAAUAAAAAUACAAGUUUUUUGUGA